AAUGAUUUGCUCUCACAAAUCGCGCGCCUUAGAUUGUUUGUCUCUUUCUUCUGAAAUACAAGCCUAACCUUUUCGCGCGUGCGUUUAAAGCAAGGUAUUCAAUCAAUCAAUUGUGAAGUUCGUGUAUUUUUAAUUAAAGUAGUAUUGUGUGCAUACCUGUACAGGGGAUAUUACUAGCCUGGCGUUGAGUUUGAGUUUGUUACAAUCGGAUUUGUUUACGCCUGUGUUUUGAUAUUCUGGAUUACCUUGAAUUUACCUGAACUGUUGAUUUGUUGGUUAACGUUACCUAAUCAGCCUUGUGCACCACCCCGCGCUCUGACACAGUAGUAGAGAGUUCAGUUGUUAGUUCAUUGCACCAGAAGCCAAGUGGCUUAAAAGAAAAACAAAUUGAAUUGAUGCAAGCCUAAAAACGAAUGACCUGUUUACAUUGCUGUGUGUGAGGGCGAACGUGCACAGAGAAGGCGUUGUCAGAGUAUGGUUCAUACCGACGAUGGAACAGAAAUACCACCGUGGUUCUCAUGGCUACUAUGAACAUGUUCUAGUGAGACUGCUCGAUUGGAAUACAAGGCUCCAGGUGUCUACAUAUUAAGUCGGAGAGUCUUUGUAUGUCUGAUUGUGUUUACAGUCUUGCUUUAAAAUUCUGGGAUGAGUCAAAGGUAGUGAUAUGAGAAAUUCCAUGGCUAUCAACAGUUCGCUGCGGCUGUUCAAGUUGAGCCAUUACAAGAGCAGUUGAUAAGGAAGAUAAGGAAGUUGCUGUUUUAUUUUUUAACUCAUCUUUCCCUUGUGCUCAUACCUCAGGUUACUGUGAAUAACACGUGAUAAAUCUUGUGCUUCCUAAAGGUCAUUCCUUUAUAUUAUCGUUUUUCCCCCCGUUGUGUUUUGUGCUCUACAUAAAUGGGAAAUAUUUUGUCUAGAUGUGCCCAGAAUGUGCGCCACGCUCUUCGGACGUGCUCCAAGAAGCAUCCCGAGGACGAGGCUAUGCUGAGCACGUGUGACAGUGAACCACUGGACAAGUGCCAGGAGCCCAUGUUCGGCCCCGCGAUGACCAACACGCUCAGCCGUUCCGGGAGCCAGUCCUCCCUGGUGCGCCUCCAGGACAAGAUGGAGACAGUAAACUGUAAAAUUGUUUCCACCACGCCCAAAGCGCGCCUCAAGCUACAUCCCCACAUCUCUAACAAACUUGACGGCUACAGCAGCUUGGUGUCAUCCCCCGAGGCCGAUGUUGAUCAUGUAGUCGCUAAAGAAAAGACACUUGUGGACAGGGAAUCUCAAACAUAUUCGGAAGAGCUGGCGGGACCGGAAACCAAGUCGCCGGCGGCAAUACUUAGUAAGGAAUACAUCGUUCGGACUUACAGUAUCCAGAACGCCACGCCUUCUCCAGCAACACAAGCCAAAUUCUCUCCGGUUCAUGAAGCCACACGCAAGGACUCCACUGCUAACACUCCAAUUGCCAAUCUAGAAAAGCGCCAUGAUGAUGUGUUGAAACGACUUGAACAGCUGCAGUCAUCUGUUUCAAAACUUGGGGAGAAAUACCAAGUAUCUAAGGCAACUGAACCAGCCAUCCAGGCCAAAGUUUUGGAAGGCACCAGGAAACCACCACCAGUAACAAGCCAACUCAUUGGUUCCAGAGGGACUUCUGGAAGUAAGCCCAUGUUUAUAAGUGGCAGUGUUGUUGACCUAGUUAUCAAUGUUGAUCCAAGCAAAAUUCCCCUGUCUCUUAUUAUUUUGUGUGAGCGCCUCUCAGAACAAUAUACAGUACUCAAGUCCACCUACUCCCACUCAAGUGUGUCUGGCACAGUUCCUGACAGACUACAAAAUCUGUUGACAUCUAAUGGCAUCAAGAGAGGGGAUAGCCAGGUUGUCAUUAACUUUGUCUGGAAAAAAGUUGCUUAUGGUCCAGAGCUUAUAGUUGACCCUACGAGACAGACUCCAAUACAAGGUGAAGUGAAUGUAGCCAGGUAUCUAGCCAGGUUGUUAAACCCUUCCUGGGACCAAGAUGACAUUGUAAGGGCCACCCAGCAGGAUGAACUUCUUGACCUUGCUCAACUUCAGAUCCUGGAGGGGAACACAAAGGAGAGGGCUGCAGCUGUCAAAAGUUUAAACUCACUUCUUGGGAAGAAAACAUGGCUGGAUGGUGAGUCACCAAAUAUUGCUGAUAUAUGCUGCUGGUCAGCUGUGCAGCAGAGUGGUCAGGCUUCAGGACCUCCAGCCAAUGUCAAGAAAUGGCUAACAUCAUGCAGCCAGCACAAAUUCUUUGAAACUGCUCUAUCCUUGCUUAGCUGAAAGAAAGUUGACUAUAGAAGAGACAUGGUGGCAUAAGCACACACAUCAGAGUAAACUUACUCAAUUUUAGGUUGUUGUCAUUCUCAUAUUUAAUUCUGACAUAAAGAGCAAGUGUGUUUGCCUUGAGGUCCAUAUGUGUAUGUGUGUGUUAUUGUCUGUGAUAACCACUACUUCAUUUCUAUUUUGUUGUUUAAUCUGCUCACAUUUUUUUUUAAACUUAUGGUAUGAAAACUAUUAAAGUGUAUUCAUUGUUAAUGAUAAUAAAAUAUUUCAAUUAAAUUAACUUUAUGAACUUC